AUGCAUUGGUGUGACUCCAUCGAGUUUGAGCUCGCAGGCACAGAUCCUCACAAUUACAAUGGCGACAAAUCUCGGAGGUCAAUUCUGCUCGAGGAUCUGCGAUCAGAGAGCCAAAAAUGCGAAUUUUGCUCAGGUUUACUUCGCUUGAUUGAUUACCGGCUGCGCUACGAUACAACAAAGACAGACAAUGACCGACACGCACCGCGUCUAACCGACGAGGAGAUCCGUCGUAAUGCAAAGGUGGUUAUUGUGAUCGAGUCGAAAAAAGCUCAAAAUUGGUCCUUUGGUGAAGGUGAAGGUAUAAGCUAUCGGACAGUCAUUAGCCUUUCGGUGGUUUCUGGCUCGUAUGGUGUCGACAUCUUGCUUCAACGAGCUGGUCCGGGGGGACGUGUUCCUGUUAUGCACAAGCCUAAAAACGGGUAUGGCUACGAUACAUUUUCUUAUAUUGCCCCUGGUAGUUGGAGAACGGAGGGACCUGAGUCCUCGCGGGGCCUCGCGUGGGAGGAUCGGCCAGAGUCGACUGUAGGACGCCUGCAGGUUGCGCUUGGGCGCCAGCGACCGCUUCAGAUUGACUUUUCUACUUUGGGGCGUUGGAUGAAUAUCUGCGAUGACCACCAUGAACUUUGCAAAAAUCAGUACAGGGCAACGCGGGUCCCACGCCUGCGUCUUGUAGAUGUCAACAGAAUGUGCAUCAUCGAUGUCUCUAGGAGGAUUCAUUAUCCCCAAUUUGCGACUCUAAGCUACGUAUGGGGGGUGGAACCGUUCUUGAGACUCUCUAGAGACAAUCUGAAGCAUCUCAUGACACCAGGCAGUCUCACUAAAACACCGCCACCACUGACAAUAAGGGGUGCUCUGAAAAUCUGCCAUGGUCUUCAAAUACAGUUUAUCUGGGUGGACAGUUUAUGCAUCAUCCAGGACGAUAAAUCUGACAUGACUGAGAUUGUUGAUAGCAUGGACUCUAUUUACCGGCAAAGCGUCAUUACUAUUGUUGCUGCUUCUGGUGCGAAUGCUCACGUAGGUAUACCUGGGGUUCGCCCAGAGACAAGACACUUGGAGCAACAUAGAUUACGAGCACGAGGCGUCCAGUUCAUUGAUUCAGUAGACUCAAAACAACUUCAACCGCUAGCUUUCUUUCAGGAACCUGAGUGGAUAUCGGGCACACCGUGGGCACAACGUGCCUGGACAUUUCAGGAGGGUCUGGUCUCGAGACGACUGUUGAUCUUCACUGCCGAACAGGUUUAUUGGAGUUGCCGUAGGGGCUUGCUCAGCGAAGAUACAGUAGAGCAUUUUCCCUCAGAAGUUAGCGAUGCAGAGCCGUACAAGAACUCUGACAACGUGCUUAAUCCGCUUGAAUGUCAGUCUCUCGCCAUCACUUUUUCGGGACGCAACUUGACCUAUGAAUCAGACAUUCAGAGAGCCUACCUUGGGGUUCAGAAUCACUUAGACAAGAAAUGGGGCGGUCAUGAAUUCUCCUGGGGUCUACCUCAUAGAUUCUUUACCCCAUUUCUCAAUUGGGAGUGGCAAUUUGACACAGAAAUAAGGCUGAGGAAUGGAACGCAUCCAGUGAAAAGCAUCGAUGGUGCAAUCACGCGAGCCUCAUUUCCAUCUUGGUCAUGGAUGGGAUGGGCAGGGGGUCGUCAACUUGAUCAUUCGCGUUUUGAUGGAGACAGCUUUCACAGUCCAUCAUUCUACACGUUCAACUCAGCAGCUGAGUUGGUCGCGAUUCAAGAUGGACAAAAUUGGAUCAGCAAGAUGAAACCACUGGCUGAACUAUUAGACAGUAGUGAGACUGGUAAUGGAGACAGCAAGUGGGAAGCAGACAUCACAGAAGCAGACUUUCCGCAAGCACUGGUUUCAACCCCAGCCAUGAAGCAUAGCGCGUUGUUAUUUUACACACAGACAGCAAAAGUAAGAUAUGACCCUACAAUUGCUGUCGAUGCCACGUUCUGGCCUAAACUCGCAACUAUGUUCAAGGAUCCUAUCAGGACAUUCCCAUUCUCCGUGAUGAUAGGGAGCAACUUUUACGAGAUUCUUGAAGAGCACCAACGGAAGGGCCAGCAGCAUACAGGAACACUUGAGGAAGUGACACUCGCGGAGCACCGCGGUUAG